AUGAUAUUUUCCCUUUGGUCAUGGGGUGCGAAUUCUCAUGGCCAGCUGGGUCUUAAUGAAAUCAGUGAACAGGUUAAUGCGCCUACUAAAAUUAAUAGAGAUCUGUGGUCUAAAACAAAACAAGUUGCGUGUGGUGGUGGACAUACACUUCUUUUAGACUCGGAAGGGAAGCUUUUUGCUUGUGGAUGGAAUGCAAAAAAGCAAUUAGCCCUGGAAGACGAUGCUCACAGUUUUCAGAGGGUGUGGUGUUUGAGUGGAAUCAAGUUCACAAAUAUUGCAUGUGGCUGGGAUUUUAGUUGUGGUGUAACAGAUGAGCAAUAUCUUUUUGUAUGGGGUUCAAAUAGUCAUGGUCAGUUAGGGUUACCGACGGAACACUACUCUGGAGCAAUUAAGCCAGUAAGACUGCAGGUGAGAGCAUAUUCUGUUUCCAUGGGUUUGCGGCACACUGCUGUAAUCAAUUCUAAGGGUGAAGUUUGGGUUACUGGAUCUGGUAAACAUGGCCAGCUCGGUUUAGGUACAGAUAUUUUAAUUACAGAUAGGUUUAAGAAAGUGCCAAUGAACUCUAAAUUUACACAUUUAGUGUGUGGACAACAACAUACCUUAGCAUGGAGUUCAGAUGAGAAAGCUUUAUAUGUAUGGGGCGAUAAUAAACAUGGUCAGCUGUUAUUAAGUUCUGAAAAAUAUAAAACAAUUUUCAAGCCAGAAAAAAUUGAUAUUGAUGUAAGACAGAAUGUUAAAAAGCUUCUAAGUGGAUGGACUAAUGUACUGAUGUGGUUAGAAGAUGGACAACUUCUAGCUUGGGGUAGAAAUAGCUAUGGCCAACUGGGAACUGAUAAAGGUUCUGAAGGGAAGAUAAUUAAUAUCACAUUACCAGACAAAAGACAAGUCAAAGAUAUAGUAUUAGGUUCAGAGCAUACAGUGUGCUUAGCAACAGAUAAUACAUUGUGGGCAUGGGGUUGGAAUGAGCAUGCAAACACAGGAACAUCUUUGGGAGAUUUUAUUUUUCAUCCAACUUGCAUACCAUUGAAAUUAGAAAUCGACUCAAAAAUAACACAAAUAUAUGCUGGAGGUGCACAUAAUUUUGUAGUUUCAGAAGAGGAAUAA